AAAGAUACGGCGGAAAAACGCAUUAUGGCAGAUCAAAAACAGCAGCAGAAAACGGAAAAGAAGCCAGAUUUGGGUCUUUUAGAGGAAGAUGAUGAAUUUGAAGAGUUUCCAGCUGAAGACUGGUCCCAAGCUGAAGAAGAUAGCGAAGAUGUCAAUGUUUGGGAAGACAAAUGGGACGAUGACAAUGUCGAGGACGAUUUCUCAAACCAGCUGAGGGCAGAGUUGGAGAAACAAGGGAAAAGUUUAGAUCAGCCAGAGCCGAUGAAAACCUGAUGAUGCCACACCAACUACAUACAUACCUCUCAUUUUCUUUCAAGUAACACAUAUUGUCAUCUGCUACUGAGAGUUCUCAUAUGCCUUUGUUGUACAUUUACAAUUGUCAUUAAAUGCUGCAUUUGCAAAUUAUA